GUGUGUGUGUGUGUGGGGGGGAGCAGGAAGGUAUAAAACACACUUAAAAGCAGAACAGCUCCAUAACUUCCUCCGAGCAGUAAGGGUGCAACAGAGCACUGAAACCCUUUAACCAGCCAUGGGGGACUUUGAAUAUGAUUAUGACUUUGACUUUAAUUCAACCAAUUCAACGGACGAUUACAACUACACACUGCCUGUGUUUCCUGACACUUACAUCCCUGCGAUUCAACCGCUCCAGAUCGUGGCUCUGGUCUUCUACAGCCUUGUGUUCCUGCUGGGUGUCCCCGGGAAUGCUCUGGUGGUGUGGGUGACGGGGUUCUGCAUGCCCCGCUCAGUCACCUCCCUCUGGUUCCUCAACCUUGCGCUGGCUGAUCUUCUGUGCUGCCUCUCCCUCCCUCUGCUCAUGGUCCCUCUAGCCCACGAUGACCACUGGCACUUUGGCCCGCUGGCCUGCACGUUUGUCAAAGGCCUGUUUCACCUGGUGAUGUACUGCAGUGUCCUGCAGCUGGUUCUGAUCAGCGUGGAUCGCUGGAUGCUUGUCAGCAAACCCGUCUGGUGUCAGAACAACAGGCGACCUAAAAAGGCUGCCUGCGGGUGUGUUGCUGUCUGGUGCCUGGCACUGAUAGGCAGCAUCCCUCAGUUUAUCUACACCAAGGAGAUCGAAGCAGGUGAAGACAAGCGAGAGUGUAUCACAGUGUACACCUCACUCAGUGCCUGGCUCGUCACAUCCAUCCGCUUCGUGAUGGGAUUCUUCUUGCCUUUUGUGGUGAUUGUCAUCUGUCACUUGGUGGUGUACCGGAGAGCAGAGAGCGGACUGUCACGAGCUCGAACCCGCUCCAAGCGCACACUUAAUAUCAUCAUUGCUGUGGUGCUGAGCUUCUUCCUCUGCUGGCUCCCACUACACACUGUGGACUUCCUCAUAUUGAUGACCCCUCGAAAUUCCCCCAACAGGCCAGGACUUUACCUGGCACAUGUUUUAGCACUUUGCCUGGCAUAUUUCAACAGCUGCCUCAACCCGCUGCUCUAUGUGUGUCUGGGUCGGGGCUUCAAAGACAGCAUGAACCGCUCCCUGCGCCACGUGCUCCACUUCAUCAGCGAGGACCCGACGACCAAGGUGAGCAUUGACACCAAGAGCUCGAGCACUGGGAAGGAGACAACUAAAAUUUGAUGUUGUAUUGACUUUGAUAUACUGUGCAGUAUCGCUAUUCUUAUAAAAGUGUUGCAUUUUCCAUACCUAUGGUAGCUUAUAGUUUAAAAAGAGUGACCUAUGCUCCACUCAUUGCACUGAACUUGGGGCAUUCUAACCAUCAGGUUUCACCAUAAACAAUGUGCUAAGGGUCCCAUAUUAUGCUCAUUUUCAGGUUCAUACUUGUAUUUUGUAUUUCUACUAGAACAUGUUUACAUGCUGUAAUGUUAAAAAAAAACUGCAUUUCAUACUGUCAGCCUGAAUAUGCCUGUAUUU